GUGAUCCUGUUUAAACAGAUUGGGAAAUGGGGACGCAGAGUGGAGGUGAUUAGCCCAGGAUCCCACAUCUAGUCGGGGACAGAGGCGAGAGCUGGAGACAGGCAGUCCAUGCUUUCCACCACCACGAUCCUGCUUCUCACGCAGCUUAGCCUUCACAAGCGUUUUCUCCCCGGCUUUGGUGGCCCGCCCUGGAGUGCUCCCCUCUGCUGCCUGCAUGCCCACCCGGCUGGAGCUUGCCAUGGACAUCAGGACUAGAACCUUCCACCUAGCCCUGCAGGGAAGGAGACAGUUUCAAGCUCAACAAGGGGAGCUGAAGAUGCUCCUGCAGCGAGAGCUCACGGAAGUCCUCUCAUGCCAGAAGGAUCCCGAGUUGGUUGAUAAGAUAAUGCAGGACCUGGAUGCCAAUAAGGACAACAAAGUGGAUUUUAAUGAAUUUGUGGUCAUGAUGGCAGCUCUGACGGUUGCUUGUAAUGAUUACUUUAUAGAACAAUUGAAGAAGAAAUGAAAGUAAAGACAAGUAGUAAGAUUAUCU